GCUUGUAUUUGUGCUGGGUCAGGAGCUUACCCACAAUGCAAGGCACAUAUUCUGUGGUAUAAAAGUGAGCACUUUAAACAGACAGUCUCAGUGUAACUGUGGCAACCACUCAGUCCUGAGGAGCACUAGCACAACUGUGACCAUGGGGAAAGUAAUUUUCUACGAGGACAGGAACUUCCAGGGUCGCACUUAUGAGUGCAUGAGCGACUGCACUGACCUGUCCUCCUACAUGAGCCGCUGUCACUCUUGCAGAGUGGAGAGCGGAUGCUUCAUGAUGUAUGACCGUCCCAACUACAUGGGAAAUCAGUAUUUCUUCAAGAGGGGUGAAUAUGCUGAUUACAUGUCCAUGUUUGGAAUGAGCACAGGCAUCAAGUCUUGCCGUAUGAUCCCAAUGCACAGAGGAUCCUACAGAAUGAGGAUCUAUGAGAGAGAAAACUUCCUGGGACAGAUGCACGAGCUGAUGGAUGACUGUGACAACAUCAUGGACCGUUACCGCAUGUCUCAUUGCCAGUCCUGCCAUGUGAUGGAAGGUCACUGGCUCAUGUAUGAGCAGCCCAACUACAGAGGCAGGAUGAUGUACUUCAGGCCUGGAGAGUACAGGAGCUUCAACAACAUGGGUGGCAUGAGAUUCAUGAGCAUGAGGUGUAUCAUGGAUUCUUGUUACUAGUGUUCUAAUGUUCAAAUAAAAAUGUGUCUUAAUUCA